AUGGGGUGUUUUUUUAUUGCUGAUCAAUUAUUUAUGGUGAGAGCUUGGACUCCUCUUUUGGAAAGGGAGAUAGCAGAAUUGAAGACUAUUCCUAUUUGGUUGAAUUUUUAUAAUGUGCCUAUUCAUAUGUGGAAUGUUAAGGGAUUAAGUCUAAUUGCUAGUUACAUUGGCAAUCCUAUUAUGUCUGAUAAGAACACUCUUUCUAGACAGAGAAUGAAUUAUGCUAUAGUAUGUGUUGAAAUUGAUGUUAAUUGUGCUUAUCCUUCCGAAGUUCCUCUUAUUGUGGGUGGUAAGCGUAUUACUAUUCAUGUAGAGUACCCAUGGAAGCCUCCUAGGUGCUCUCAUUGUGGUAUUUUUGGACGUUCCCUUGAGAAAUGCAUUGUUAAGCCUAAAGUAGUUGUUGCUCAGACUGAGAAAGUAGGGACACAACAGGUAGAGGGAAGUAGGCAGGUUUGGAAGAAGAAAACCUCUAAGAGAAACGGGGAUGAUUAUUUGGAGGAGAUCUCUGAGAUGGAAGUAAUUGAGGAAAUGGUUAUGGAACCAUCCCCUCCUCCAGUAGGUUUGGUUAAGGAGAAAGUGAUACAAUUUUCCAAGGAAAAUGUUAACACUACAAGCAGUCAAAGAAAAUUGGUGGAGGUCCCUAUUCAAGUAGCUAAUAAAUUUGCUGCUUUAAAUUCUGAGGGGACUGAGGAAGAGAACAAUGUUAUACAAGAGAUUACAGUUGGACAUGCUUCUACUUCUAAUGUUAUGGAAAUACAUGAUCAAGCAGGAGGCGUGGAUGAUGAUUUAGGUGGGGGAGUAAGAUCACAUUUUGCUCAGAAACCAGUGCGUCCUGCAAAGGUUCUGGAAUCUUUAAAACAGGUUGCUGGAACCUGUUUAGUGGAAACUCAUGUUCAAGCUAAUAAUAGUAGUAGAAUAAUGAGAAGUAUUUGUCCUUCUUGGAAAUUUUUUGAUAACUAUUUUCAUAGUCCUGCUGGGAGAAUUUGGGUGGGCUGGGAUCCUGAAGUUUUACAAGUCUCCCUUAUACAAAACUCUUCUCAGGCCAUUUUUCUAGAUGUUAAUUUGCCUCAUAAUAUUUCUUGUGUGUUUACGUUUGUGUAUGGAGACAAUGAUGGGAUUGUUCGUAGAUCUUUAUGGAAUGAUUUGGUAUCCUUUUCUUGCUAUAAUAAGAAGCCUUGGAUGAUCCUUGGUGAUUUUAAUGCUAUUUUGGAAUAUAAGGAUAGACUUAGUAAGACGGAAAUAACUGCUUCUCAAUAUUCUGAUUUCUUCAAUUGUACUCAAGAUGCUCAGAUAUUUGAUUUGGCCUAUACUGGUUGUUUUUAUACUUGGAUCAAUUUACGAGAAGGUGAAGCUAGUGUUAUGGGGAAGAUUGACAGAGUUUUGGUUAACUUAGAAUGGAUCCACCAAUUCCAGGACUCUAUGGCUGAUUUUCUUAAUCCUGGGGUGUCUGAUCAUAGUCCUAGUGUAGUUACUUGUUUUGAAGGAAGAGCUCAUGGUCCUCCCCCAUUUAGGUUUUGCAAUUAUCUAGAUGAUGAUGAGGAAUUCUUGAAGAUUGUUGAGUUUUUUUGGAAAGAUCCAGUUCAGGGUAAUCCAAUGGUUGUGCUUGUUACUAAUCUUAAGAGAACUAAAAAGAGAUUAAAUGAAUGA